UUCCAUCUUUCUGUCAAAAAUCACGACUGACUGCAUUGUUUUGAUGUCGGUGGGUUGCCGUAGGAUUUGGAAUUUUCUAUGAAAAAAGGAUUCUAGGAAGGAGUCAGUAUCAGACUGAGAAAUGAGUGUCGUGACAAAGUUCAUCAAGCGAGGUUUAGCGCCUAUCAAUCAUCAAAUUAGAUAUUCCUCCUCCUCUGAGGUAGCGAAAUAUCGCAGCGAUCUAUUCUCAUUGGAACAGAAAAGGCAGCGGGAAGAUGUCGGCCGUGUAGAGAAGAUUGAGGUUAGAUACUUAGGACUGCCGGAAGAUGUUACCCUCGUGAUGAACAAGGAUCUGUCCACCCCUUAUAACUGCGCGCAACAUUUGAGUGAAGGACACUGUAAAAGGUCAGCGCUAGCAUUGAUUAAUGGAAGCGUAGCCUGGGAUAUGCACAGACCGUUGAAGGAAUCAUGCACUCUGCAGUUAUUGAAUUUCACAGUGGCUGAUCCUCACAUAGUAAAUCGAGCAUUUUGGCGAACCUGCUCCUUCAUGCUUGGUGCAGCUUUACACGAAUGCUUCAAAGAAGAGGCCGGUCUGCAACUACACAGCUUCCCAGGUCCAAACGUGAAAUCCGGAAGUUUCGUCCAUGACAUCGUCCUUGCAGCACGCAAUUGGAAACCGACACCCAAAGAAAUGCGCACAUUCUCAGCAGAACUUAUCAAAUUAGCAGCAAAAGAUCUGAAAAUUGAACGACUCGAUGUCUCGAAUGCACUCGCCAUGGAAAUGUUCAAAGAUAAUCGUUAUAAAACCGAACAGUUGCCAAGUAUAUCAGCACAAAAUAAUGGACAGGUGACUGUUUAUCGGGUGGGACAACAUGUGGACAUUUCACGGGGACCGAUGAUUGGAUCAACUGGUCAACUGGGACGAUGCACCAUAUCUGCAGUGCAUGAGAUCGGUCAUGAAGGUGAUGGGAAUGGAAUUUACAGAGUGCAAGGUGUCGCUUUACCGAUUGGAAUUAGGAUUGGUCAUUUUGCUUAUGGAAUUUUGGAGGAGAGAUCAUCCAAGUUGAAUUCCGCACGAUUGCCCACCGAGCCAUUCGAGGAGCACUCAACGGAGCAUGCAAUUGCAUAAUGCAAACUAGUUCUAUCCCGAGCGAGUAAUUUAUAAGACUCAAUGUUGUUAUCUACUAGAAUAAAUAAAUGAAACUGUUUUUAGACAA